GAUCAUGUUUGUGUUAUGAACAGAAACCUGACCGGAAGUAGGAAGGAGACUAAGAUCAUUAGUGAUGUUUUUAUCUUUAUAUCCGCAGGUUAUUUAAUUCAGCUCCGUUUUUAAUCUGCUGACAUUUUAGAGAGACUUGUUUUAGUAAUGAAACGACACGUCGUCACGUGAUUUAGUUCCCAGGACACAAAUAAAGUGACAUUAUACAGCAACAUGCAGUAGGAUGAUGGUGCGCUUUAAACCUGCGGGUUAAUUAUAAAGUAAAAGUGUUUUUGUUUGCUUUAUCUGGUUAAACUCAACGCAUUGAAGGUUUGCGCCCUAUCGGACAGCAGAGCGAGGGAUUCAGGUGGAUUGGAGGGAAUUGACGAUGUUUGCCAGGAAAAAUAAACGUCCGGCGGCUCCUAAAGGCCAAGGAGCUGCUGCUGCCAAACAGAUGGGUUUAUUUCUUGACUUUAAACCCGAGGACAUGAUGGACAUGAGUGAGAAUGUAGACGAUCCGGAUCUGGAGGCCGAAUUCGCUGCCAUUGUGGGGAAAAAAACUGCCACUAAAGCCAAGAAAAAUGCCAAAGCUCCAUUACCAAUGGAGGAUAUCGAAAAGAUGACAAAGGAGUGCAUGAAAGACCUCGACAACGACGAUGACGAUGAGGACCUCGAGGAUGAUGAAGAUCUCCUGGCAGAGCUACAGGAAGUGGUGAGUGAAGAGGAAGCAGAUUCUGGAGCAGAGACCACCACCUCACCUGGCACAGAGGUAACCGGGGCAGUGGAUCCAGAACUAUCGGAAGUGAAGGCACCAUCCAUCAGCACCACCACUCCAACAGGAGCAGCAGCAGCAUGCGGUGGUGUUGAGCACACGCUUCAGGAGAGAAUUGUCAUGUACAACUCUGCCAUAAACAAUGCUAAAGCUGCAGGAGAGUCAGCUAAAGCUCGCCGCUACGACAGAGGACUCAAGACCCUACAGAGCAUGCUAGCAUCAGUACGUAAAGGUGGGAAGAUAAACGAAGCAGAGAUCCCGCCUCCGGUGGCGUCUGGAAACCGUGGUGACUCCGUUCCUCCUUCGGCUCCUCCCACAUCCGCGGCGUCUCAAGCCGAACACCACGAAGAAUCGGACAGUGCCGUGGAGACGUCACCUGUGACCCCGGAGAACAGCUCUGCUCCUACACUACCGGAAGUAAAAGUGUCCUCAGCAGAGACCUCGCCUGUUUCCGUGGAGACCGCCAAUGUUUCCGUGGAGCCGCCAGCUAACGAUACAAAAGUAAGUGCCCCCAGUAAGGAGAUGCUGCUGGAGACACAGAAGCAGUACAGGACGGCCGCCGUGAGGGCGAAACAGGCUGGAGAUCUGGAACAGGCCAAAACACACAUGAAGAGCAGCAAGAGUUUUGAUGCUGCGCUCAUGGCGCUGGAGAGAGGAGAGAUGGUGGACCUCAGUAAACUUCCUCCUCCUCUGUGUGGAGAUUCUCCAAAACCAGCUAUAAAGAUUUCACAGUCCUCCCCAAACAUGCAGGCUCAAGAGGCGGCAGUGACUCCGCCCAACCCAGCUCCACCCAAACUGGCUCCGCCCACAACCAUUCUGGAAGCUCUGGAGCAGAGGAUGGCUAAAUACAGAGAGACAUGUGAUCAGGCUAAAGCUAACGGCGAGGAACGCAAAGCUCGCAUGUACGAUCGCAUUGUGAAGCAAUAUCAGAGUGCCAUCCGCUCACACAAAGCAGGACGAGCUGUUAAUUAUGAAGAGCUGCCAGUACCACCAGGAUUUCCACCAAUCCCAGGACAGGAGGCGAUUAAACCGGAGCAGGGAUUGGCUGCUGCACUGGAAACAGCCAAUAAGCUCACUUCUAAUGAGGCAGAGGGCAGAGACAACGACGAGGAGGAAGAAGAACCAGAGAAAGAAAGCAAACAGCCCAAAGCUCCAGUAGCAGCAGUGGAGAAGCAGAAGAAGCAGACAAUGGUGGUUCCUCCAACAGUCCAGCAUCCUAAAAGAACACCUUCUCCUGAGAGAAGCACCAAGAAAGAGAACCCACCUUCCACAGUGACCGAGCAGGUGGAGAUGUUGGAGGCUCGGAGGAAGCAGUACAUGAAGGCGGCUCUGCAGGCCAAGCAGAGAAACGACAUCGAGCAGGCCAAGGUUUAUUUACGCACAGCCAAGAGCCUGGAGCCACUGAUCACUGCGGCACGCAGCGGCAAACACCUCGACUUCAGCAAGGUCCCCUCUCCUCCUGCAGAUGAGGAUGAAGACUUCAUUGUGGUCCAUCACAGUGAGGUGGAGAUGUCUGAGAGAUCUGAGGAGGUUUACACACAGCUCAGCACCAUGAUGAAGGAGCAGUAUGAGAAAUGUCUGACUUACUCCAAGCAGUUCAGUCACAUGGGGAACAUCGCUGAAACAACCAAAUUUGAGAACAUGGCAGUGACCUGUAAGAAGAGUCUGGAGAUCCUGAAGCUGGCUCAGAACCGAGGACUGGAGCCUCCCAAACACCAUUUUGAGGAGAGAACGUACCGCACUGCCAGGAUAUUCCCGGAGCUCAGCAGCACUGACAUGGUGGUGAUGAUCGUUAAAGGAAUGAAUCUUCCUGCUCCACACGGUGUCUCAGCGAGCGACCUGGAUGCCUUCAUCAGGUUCGAGUUCCCCUUCCCGAGCUCCGAUCAGCCUCAGAGACACAAAACUGCAGUGAUUAAAAACACCAACAGUCCCGAGUACAACCAGAGCUUCACCUUAAACAUAAACCGUAACCACCGUGGCUUCAGGAGACUGGUUCAGUCCAAAGGCCUCAAACUGGAAGUGUUUCAUAAAGGUGGUUUCCUGAGGAGUGAUAAACCUGUAGGAACAGCUAUCAUCAAACUGGACAAACUGGAGUCUGAGAGUGAAGUGCGGGAGAUAGUGGAGGUGACGGACGGCCGGAAGCUCACCGGAGGUCGUGUAGAGGUCAGGGUUCGUCUCAGGGAACCUCUGAGUGGACAGGACAUGCAGAUGGUCACUGAGCGCUGGCUGGUUCUCGACCAAUCACACGUCAGUGUCCUAGAACUCUCAUAGCAUAUGCUCAUAAUGCGUUAUUAACACCGAAGGAACCGAAUAACUCGUAGGUCUGAUCUUCACCCUGUCUGAUCUGCUGUCUGAUGUCAUUUCUCAUCUAUUGUUCCUCAAAUAUUCCUCGUCCUCUAGUUACAGAAGUUGGGAGAAAACUUCACACUUUCACACCAGAACCACACGGAGGUCUGUUCACACACUCGGCCCACCAUCGGGAGAAACACACACACACACACACACACACACACCUGUGUGGACUUUUAUGAAGGUGUGUGUGUGAAUCUGAAAUGCUGUAUGUGAUUAAUAUGUGGCUCACAUUUAUGCACUAAUACCAAAGCGCUCGACGUAGCUGGAGCACAACGUGGUGCGAUUAUUUAACCUGCUGUUUAAUAGCACAACACCGCUGCAACAUUAAUGCCGAUCUAAUUUAUCUAUGCAAAGUGAUCGUGUCGAUUCCCUCAAACACCCACGUGGUUGUAUGUUCUAAAGCAAAUUCGCUGCACGGAGAGACACGGGUUUAACCUCACGCCACACGCCAAAGCCAUAAUCCUCAGUCACGCACACCGAAACGAGGAAGGACGCUCUUUACUUCCUCCUCUUCAUCCAUUUCCACCGAACCCUCAGUGAACUCCCUCCAUCCAUCCGUUUCCAUGACUACGGAAGAAUAAACAUCUGUUCCUCCACAGUUUUAACAGCACCACCUGCAGGACUGGAGCUCUAAGGUUUAAACUUCUUCAACACUCAGAACUCAUAAUAAACAACUCAUUUGCAUAAAAAUGUUAAUUGUAGAAACUCCUCGUGUAGAAAUUGUGCGUAAACGUUCGCUUUGAUAAGGGAUUAGAGAUGUUACGGUUCUGGGUCAGGAAGCAACUUAGCUUCAGUCUACAGGAUGGAAGUUAACACGUUCUACAAACAGCAGUGCACGUUGCCAUGGUAACAUUAUAAUAAACCACGAGGAAACGCUACGCAAUUACAUCAUCGAGACCAAACUGAGAGGCUCAAAUGAUUGUGCUCAAAUGUAGUAAUAAUAAUAAUAAUAGCUUUAUUAAUUUAUUCUGUAGUCUGUUGGUUCACUGAGUUUUAAGGAUUAAAAUGUUCACAAUGUUUUGCAGCUGAAAAAAAUAAAAAAAUGUUGAUACAAAGAUGAUGUAGAGAGUUAAAGGGGUCUUCAUAAAUACAAAGCAUUCGUUCACUUGCAUCAACAAGUUCAUUCGUCUGUGACAUCUAAUUGUCGGGGGGUGUGGCCUAAGAGGGGGCGGAGUCAUAGCACUCAAUGUUGUGGGCAUGAAAGUGCUCCAACAUGUCGGAGUUCAGCGACGCAGUGAACUCGUGGACGUGGUUUAUUAUUAUUAUUAUUAUUAUUAUUAUUAUUAUUUUGUGCCAUUAACGUCUUACGCUCGGAGCAAAUCUACACGUGUCACUUUGGAUAUUUUCCUUUCUUCUGAUUCCGAUUACACAAGAGUUCAUUUCACUAUUUUGUUGCUCCUCAGUGUCAAAAUAUUUCAAUUUUUUUUUUUUUUUGCUUAGACACAAAUUCACCAGUAAUUUGUUGUAUCAUCACCGUUGUUUAGGGAACGACGUUUAAGGUUAUACGAUCGAUCCCUCAGUUUGACGUCACAUUUCGGUCUCGGAGAAAACAAACCCUUAGUUCAGUUCUAAACAAACUGAUAUGGGAACUGAAAACAAGCACAUGCUUACAUCUUCUACACACACACACACACACACACACACAGUUAGUUCAUUUCAGGUGUGUGUUUGUGUGGAAGACGACGCAGAUGAUGUUUCUCUGAAUGUUUCAUGACCGAAACAGAAAGCUCGGAUUUUUCAGACUGUUUUAGAAAAAUUGUAAAUGAAAACUUUUAUUAUUAAAAAUGUCAAAAGUCA